AUGCGUUACUCUAAGACGAUCGUCGCAGCUACUGCUGCCUCCCUCUCGGGAGUUCAGGCCCAGCGCCCUUCCAACACGUCCAUCUGUGACUACUACACUACGGCACUGCUUAAGAACAACACUGCCGAGAACCAGGCCACUCUUUUGACACUCGUCGUCAACACCGUCGUCAUUGGCAACUACACUCAGCCAAACAUUGGCCUCAAGGUUCCCGGAAUCCUUGCCCCUGGCACUUUCAACGGCCAGGAGGUCAACCUGCUGCCGUACUUCAAUGGCGAGCUUGCCUCGUCAAACCGCGGCGGCGAUGUUGGUGUCUCUGUGAACUUCCUCGACGGCGGCGGUGCCGCUCCCCUUAUGGAGAACAAGCCUGCCAAUGACAACACCUCCAACCAAUACUUCCUCCUCACCCACCUGUACCAGUUCUUCGGCAGCCUCCUCGGCUGCAGCAUGCAGGGCAUGCCGGGCUUUGCCGCCUACGCGGCCGACCCGUCCAUGUACGACGUGCACAAGUUCAUGGCCCUCGACGCCGCCGAGCUCGGCUACUUCAACACGCAGGUUGGCCUCGCCGCCGCGUCGUUUGGCGUCACCCAGGCCGACGCCGAGGCCGUCGGCAUGGCCCUGAUGAACCUCUUCGGGUACCGCUGCAGCCCCCCGACGACCGUCAUCCCGGCCCAGGGCGCCCAGCUCCAGGCCAUCUGCAUCGCCGAGGACUGCCCCAUCGCCACAGCCAGUGCGACCUGCAGCGCGUACUCGGCCGUCGUCGAGCCCUCGACCGUCGCCUCGUCGGCCAUGGGCUCCGCCACUGCCUCGUCGUCGUCCGCGAUGAUGACGCACAGCGGCACCGCCUCGAUGCCCAUGCCCACCGGUGGUUCUGCUACCAUGUCCAUGCCCACCACCACCAAGGCCUCGGGCACCGGCGCUCCCAUCCCCACUGCCGGCGCUGCCUCCAACGGCUUCAACGCUGCCGCCGUCAUUGCCGGUGUUGCUGCCUUCAUGCUCUAA